GAGAGAGAGAGAGAGGGAGAGAGCGCGCUCUGGGAAGUCAGCGGUCAGCGCGAGAGAGGCACGUGAGCCGCGAGUGCCACUCCCCUGCGGCGCCCUUUGACCCACAUUCCAGCCGGAUCCCCAGCCAAGCGUUUCCCAGACCCAGAACCCACUCAGAGGGCGCAGCAGGAAGGAGAGGGGCCAGGCGAGCUGGUCUGGCUGCACCACGGGGCAUCUAACGCACGGCCACCCCUUGGGCACGUGGACAGCGCCCCUUCUAUGAAGCUGACUCCUUCUCCCGGGAGGCGGGGGAGCAUGAUCUGGAGCUAGUGAGGGGGUCGAGGUCCCGCGUCGGGCGUAUUGGACAACUGCAGCAAAGGGUCAGAGGACGCUUGAAACUAAGAAUGGAAGCUCCAUCCCGGCCAGCAGUGAUUUCUAGCCCUUCAUAUCUUCAGCAUGAAGCAUACAGUAGGCACCCAAUAGUUGAAUGAAUAAAUUUCAGAAAGACUUAAACCUGAAUGACGGGUUGGAUGCACGUCCCCAGCGCGCACAGCGUGUCAAGAUCUGCCCUGGAAUCUUUGAGACGCCUCCCCUCGCAGAUGUUGCAGGGGUGUGCAGAGCUGGCACCAUCCAAUGGCCCUCUGUGCUGUGGGGGUGUAUGAGUCAGCUACAGCCGCGUAACAGAUACCAGAGCAGGAUGCGCACGCCUCACCGUCCCAGAAGCCGGGAGUCCACUAUCAAGGGGUCUUGGGUUAACUCCCCCAAGGCCUCUCUCUUUCGCUGUAGAUGGCAUGACCCCUGUGUCCCCCUGGGGUCUCCACCCCCCCCCCCCGUGUGUGACCGUGUCACCAUGAAGCCCAUGAUGCUUGGUCAGCGAUCUCAGGUCCAUGGUACCCCAGAGCUCCUCACCCAGAGCCACCUGCUGAUGGAGGGCCACGGGACACCGUCCCUCUGUCCCAGUCAGAUGUUCCCAGCCCACAGCAGGAACAUUCACCCGUCAUCCACCCUGUGCAUCCAAGAUGUCUUCGAAUCCUCGCAGGGACCAGAACGCCUUAAGUGUCCUGAAAGGACGCGGCUUCCUCUGACCACAGGGCCUUUGCACCAGCUGACCACAGGGCCUUUGCACUCACUGCUCCCUCUAUUGAGAACCCUCACCACAGUCAACACAGCUCCUUCUUUGACUCCGAUCUCAAAUUUCACCCCCCUAACCUCCUUUACAGCCAGUCCGUCUCUGUGGGAGCGGAUUUCCAAACACGGGUCAUUAUUCAUUUAUUUGCAGAUGCCUCUCCCCAUCCCGAGGGUUGUCAGGUAUCCAGUCCCCCUUUCUCAGAACUCAGAGUUAACACUUGUUUUGAUUGCUGUAUACCCUGAGGGGUGCUUCACAAAUUCCAUCUCACCUAAGCCUUCACCUUCCUGAGCGGUAGGAACUAUUCCCAUUGCCAAGGCCAUCAUGGCUCCGUAAGGCUAUGGUCACCACUACCCCCGGCAGAACUCUGAGCAAUGUCAUUCCUUUUGGUACCAGGGAUUGAACCCAGAGUCACUUAGCCACAGAGCCCCAUCCCCAACCCUGUUUUGUGUUUUAUUUAGAGACAGGGUCUCACUGAGUCACUUGAGGUCUUGCUAAACUGCUGAGGCUGGCCUCCAACUUAUGAUCCUCCUGCCCCAGCCUCCCAAGUCGAUGGGAUCACAGGCAUAUGCCACCACGCCCCUCCCUACCCCCCCAGCUAUGUAAUUCUUGAUGGAAUUUGUGCAAAUUCCACCAAAAUAUCAAAUAGCACAACGGUCAUGCCUCAGAACAACAACAAAAAAUAACCACAACAGAUGGAAAUUAUGGGAGAAAAAUUCCAGUCAAGGUUUCAAUGUCCUCUGGAAGGGAACUGAAUUUAUAGCCAGAAGAAGUAAGGACGGGUUCAGCUCACGUCCCCCGGUCCCAGCCUGCCCUCCCCAGCUGAAUCUGGCUGUUGGUGGGUACCAGGGAGUUAAUGAGUCACCAGUGCCUGGCUAAAGUCCUCCAGGUUGAACACAUGUUUUGGGGACGACCUCGGGACACAAGUUCCCAUCCACUCUCCUCAGGGUGGCCAUCCCCGUCCGGUAAGGCCAGCAGACCGGGGGUCACCGGCUGUCACUCGACUCUAAGCAGCUCUCAAGGAACAGAGGGUGGGUUGGGGGUGGCCACUGCUCAGGGGGACUCAGAGGUCGGAGAAAUGCCACCACCACCCCCAGCCGGAUGCUGGCCACAGCCAGAUUGAGGGAGGAAUUCCUGGUCAUUUCAAAAACACAGCAGGGCACACAGUGGUCCCUGGUUGGGUAGAGAUGACACACAAGUGACCAGGUCUUGCAGAGGGCAAUUUCCCAGCUUGCACUGACCACAGGAACAGCAUGGGAACAAGACACCCCACUCCUUUUUUUAAAAAAUGCAAUUGCCAAAGAUGUCUGCAGGUCUUCGGUGGCUGGAAGGAAGUCCAGUUGAUUCGUGUCCAGCAGGUGACCUCACCUGCAGGCUGAGCUCCCGAGCCCUGGGUCUGCAUCUAGGGACCACAGAGAUGCUCAGCUCUGGUCCUACUAAUGCGAUGUCACACUUGAGAAAGAAACAGGACACUGAUGGGUGUCCCUCCCGCCCGCCACCCCGUGGGACCACUGCAUGGAGAUAUGGGCACAGAGGCGGGUCCAUUUUGGAAACAUCGCAUGGUGACCACAGUCGCGGGCACAUGGUUCGACCUCUUGCUUUUGUGCAUCAAGCAAAUCCCAUCUGGGUCCCUGGGCUCUGCUGCCCGGUGACACUGCGCAUGCUCGGCCCGCCAGCACCCCUGCUGGCCAUCAUUUCGGCGGGGGCAACGGGCGCCCCGGGACCUUGUGGCAGGCACUUGCUGGCUCGGGUGUCAGUAGAAGCCCUCCUUUGACAGGCAGGUCUGGUUCCUGACCUAAUUCCGAGGGCUUGGAUCCAUUUCACGUUGGCUUUUGUGCAGGGUACAGAGAGUCUUUGCUGCACGGACAUCAGGAUGAUUGAUCUAUCUGUGAGUGAGGUUUUUUGUUGCUGUGACUCAAGGACCCACCAGCACAACUGUAGAGGGAGACAGGGGUGUCCGAGGUCCCAGUCCACAGAUGGCGGCUCCAAUCCUGGCCGAGGGGAGGCAGGACAUCAUGGAGGAAGAGUGUGGGGAGGGAGCAGCUCCCAUGGGGACCAGGGGGCAGAGACUCCACUCUCCAGGGACAAAGAGAGACCCCAAGCCACGGCCCCAGGGCCACCUCCUCCCCAUACCCCACCUGCCUCCAGGGGCCACCAGGGGACCCCCCAGGGAGCCAUUCACUGCCAGAGUUUUGGCCUCACACCCCCUCACUCCUCCUCUGGACCUUCCUGUGUCACCUCCCACGGGGGCUCUGGGGACACUCACAGCCAGACCUGUCUCUGAUGACCCCAAUCCCAAACAAAACCCCUUACACAGACCAGAACACCCUUUAGAAUAAUUGUUAACGUUUCCCAAAACAUUUUAUUAUGAAAGAUUCUCGAACUUCAAGCAUCCAAAACGAGCAAAGAAUUUUGUAGUAA